AUGGCUGCUACGGUGGUCUCCCCGCCGGAGCCGGGCUCGGAACACGAGGCACAGGCAGGACCCCCCGACGUCGCCACGGGGCCCAGGGAGCUCAACGGCAGUGCCGCGGACGCCGAGCCUCCUGCGAUAAAGACCGAGCCGACGAGCGAUGCGGACGACGAUGGGGAGAAAGACCAGAUCAACGUCAAAAAGGGCCCGACAAUGUGCGGCGUUUGCGAGACUACAGUGUCCAAAUACAAGUGCCCGCGUUGCUACUUGCCCUACUGCUCUGUCGCCUGCAACAAGAUCCACCAGGCCAACCAUCCGCCAGACACGAAGCCGAAGCCCGAGCCUGCUCAAGCUCAAGAAAAGGCUCCCGCCGUCUCGCUCCUUGCCAAACCGUCUGCCCCCUCGAACCCCUUCUCAGCGCUCGACAACUCGGACAAGCUCACGUGGCUGUUUCGCAAGUACCCGGACCUGCCCCAGCAGCUGCUCGACAUCCACGCCGAGACGCAGCCACCACCUGAGGACCCCAGCAAGCACAUCCCGGCAUCGCUCAUGCAGGGCGUUGCUCCCCCGAGGAGAAACAACUGGACCCGCGACCAAGGUAUCAAGAAGGGCAAGGCGGCUCUCCGAAAGGCGCGACAGCUACCCGGGAAGGAAGGCGAGGGGGUCCGCGAGUAUUGCACUCUCAUUCGGAUGCUUCUCAACGAAGAAGAAGCCGACGACGGCGGCGCCACGGCGACCCUCCAGCGACAGUUCGCACAGCAGGAUGCAGAUAUUAUACGCCAACUGAUGGAGGAGGAAAAGGGUCGCCGUUGA